CUCCAGAGCUAUGGCGGGCAGCUGACACAAAUAUCUUCAUUGGAUCUCUAUUGACGAAUCCUCUCUUACGUCGACUCGGGAUGGCUAGCCUAAAGCCCCUGGAAUGCGGCAUGCCGGAUGCCAAAGUACUCAAACCCAGCCCAACAAGCCCUAUGCUGAUAAGAUUGCAAUCCCUGAGGAGUUCCUCCUAACGUUGUGCCUCUACUUCUGCUCUCCAUGCCCCUCUUUAUGGCGUUUCGUCCAACUGCGUUAGCAUGCACCAUCUCUCUGCUUGCCGCUGGCGGCAAAGGAGCUUCGACCAACCAGAUGCCGACGCAGCCGACGCACAGAGGCAGCGUCGGGCAGUUUGAGCUGGUUGGAAACAGCCUGGGUAGUGCUCAACAGAUGUUCCUCGGUACACCGGACAAGGUUUACAUCAUCGACAAGACGGAGAACAACCCAAGUCAGUUUAAGGGACACCCUGUCUGGGCAUCAGAAUGGUCUUCGAGCUCGAAGCAAACUAGGCCAAUGGAUGUUAUUACGAACUCUUUCUGCGCGGGAGGAAGCGUCUUGGGCAACGGGACAUGGAUCAAUGUCGGCGGUAAUCAGGCGGUCACGUACGGUGGAGCAACUGCGCACAGUCAGACGGGUGGAUUGCCGUACAACGACCCAGACGGAGGCCAAUCAAUUCGGUUGCUGAACCCUUGCGAUGACGGUAACUGCGACUGGAUGCUGGCUCCGCCUAUGACCACAAGACGCUGGUACCCUAGCUUAGAAACGCUAGAGGACGGCCGUGUUAUUAUUAUGGGUGGCUGCAAUUGGGGUGGCUACGUCAAUAGCGCAGGACAGAACAAUCCGACGUAUGAGUUCUUCCCUUCUAGAGGCAACCCGGUCACGUCUCCAAUAUUACAAAACACGUUACCUGUCAACCUCUAUCCGCUGAUUUGGCUUCUUCCUUCUGGGAAGCUGUUCGUUCAGUCGGGCUGGAAGACCGUUCUAUUGGAUUAUGUCCAAAAUCGGGAAACACAACUUAGUGACAUGCCUGACGCUGUCAGAGUGUAUCCUGCUAGUGCUGGGUCUGUGAUGCUGCCUUUGACUCCCGCUAACAACUACACAGCGACUCUCAUGUUCUGUGGUGGAAGUAAUAUAACAAACAAUGGGUGGAACCAGAACUGGGAUAUUCCUCACUAUAACGCAUCGACGUCUUGCGUGAAGAUUACCCCAGACCUAUCGUCUUCGUACAGCAAGCUCGAUCCCUUGCCAGAGGGAAGAACGAUGGGAAACCUGUUACUCCUCCCUAACGGUCAGAUUCUAUGUCUCAACGGAGCGAGGACAGGCACCGCUGGUUACGGAAACACGUCCUUUACCAUUGGUCAAUCGUAUGCCGACCAGGCACUCACGUCACCUAUCAUUUACAAUCCUCGCGCGUCUCCGGGACAACAGUGGUCACGUAACGGGAUUUUCAAAAGCAUCAUACCUCGGAUGUAUCAUUCCUCUGCUACACUUCUCCCUGAUGGCUCUGUGCUUGUUGCGGGUUCGAACCCUAACAGUGACGUUAAUUUGACGGCGCCUUACCCAACAGAAUAUCGCAUGGAACGUUUCUACCCUUCAUAUUAUAACGAACGCCGCCCUCAGCCCCAAGGUCUCCCGACUCAGCUCACAUACGGUGGUCUGUUCUUCGACGUCGAGCUCACAUCUGCCGAUCUUUUCUCGCAAGUCGACAAUAUCCAGAACGCGAACGUGAUUGUGAUGCGGACUGGGUUUUCCACGCAUACUAUGAAUAUGGGUAUGAGGAUGCUUCAGCUGCAGAACACAUUCACCGGCGCCGAUGACGGAGGUGGCGUUCUCCAUGUCGCACAGCUUCCGCCCAAUCCCGCGACGUUCCCUCCUGGUCCCGCACUUUUGUUCGUCGUGGUGAAUGGUAUCCCGUCGAUUGGCGUGCAGGUCAUGGUUGGCUCCGGCCAGAUUGAGCAGCAAUCAGUCUCACCUUCGUCUGUCUUGCCCGACUCAGGUAUCUCCAUGUCACAUGGAUCCACCAGCCACGCGUCUGGAGCUGUCUCGAGAUUCUUCGCCUACUCUGUGUCGGACUUUGCGCGUUCUGUCGCGAGAGUCAUUCUCACCUCGGUCUUACUUAUGUCGGUCUAGGCGGCACUGCAGUCGCAACAGACUAUUUUUUCACGAACCAGACUAUCUUUCCAAUGACAUUCUCUAUCUAACUUGGAUGAACCCUCACGCAGUAAAUUAUCGCUUUGUA